UUCAUCUAUUUAGCUAUGGGAGAUAAAUUUACAAAUUUUUUAAAAUUACCGGAAGUUGAACAGACACUUCUAUCACAGCAAAAGGAAAUGCUUGGUACUUCUGAUGAUGAUGAGUACAAAGAUUUUAUUUGUGACAACGAUUCAAAUUGUUCUGGAGUUAAGGAAACAGAUAUUCAGGAAAAACUUGAUAUUGACAAUAAAGAAAUGCUUAAUGAUUCAUUUUGCAGUCAUGAUGAGGAUUUUCGGGCCGAAGCUUCACCUCCGCACACUAAUAAGACAUCUGCAUCUCUUUCGUUUAAUAAACCAGCUGUUGGUUCCAAAUUUACAUUGGAGGCAGGUUUUCCACAAACACAGCCUAGUUUGGAUGAAUUAUUUCCAAAGUAUGCCUCAAUUUCAAGUGAUGAUGAAGAUUUUGUUUGUGUGCCAUCUUUUGAGAGCGUUUUUGAAGGAGUUGUUGACAAAGACGAAGUUCAUCAAAAUAGAUGUUCAGAUUCAAGCCAGGAUGAGGAUUUUCGUUUGCGGGAUUCGACGCCACCUUUACUUGGUUUAAAAAAGGAAUCAAAGAUUGACAAUAUUGGAAAGGACAAUCACAGCAACUCAAAAGAAUCACUUUCAGUGGGUUCUUCUUGCCAAAAUGAAUGUGAGAGGACAGCUAAUUUUCAGGAUGAUGGUGUUUCUUUAGAUGAUUCCGAUUCAGAGCUUCUUGAAAAUGAAAAUCUUUCACCUAACGAAAAUCAAGAUAAUUUGGAAGUUAGUGACGAAGAAGAAUUUUUUAGUCAAAAUUCCAGUUUUCAAGAAAAUGAUGUUAAUGAACAGAAAGUUUUGACCAAUGUAUCUUCAAAUGAAAAGGAUAUAGAAAAGAAUAGUGAAAUAGAUAAGAGCUUGGUUGUCAGCAAAUCUAGUUCUGGUGAACAACAGGAUCCGCUUACAGAUUCGAUCAGUAUUCAAGAUUUCGGCAAUGUUAGCGAUUUAAAACAACUUAUUACACAAAUGCCUCAGUCAUUGCUUUCAAAAAUAUCUAAGACUUCUGAUGUUAAGAGCCUUUCUUCUAUUGAUGGAUCGAUUAAUUAUAGUCGAAAUGAUUUGUUACAAAUUCGCCAUUCAAAAACAGCAGAAGAAUGGAAGUCUUUUCUCUGGACUAAUCAUGGCACAAAUUGGCCAAUUGAUGAAAUGCCUUUUGAAAUGGAUCCUGAUUUACGCUGUUCUUUCCAAAAGAGAUUUAACAUUCUUCGUGAUAGACAAGAAGCUGCUCGUCGAUUUUUUGUUUCUUCUAGGCCGCAGAUUGACUUUCCAAUUGCCACAAAGAGAAACUUUCAAAACAAGAAGAAUGAACAGCGUCAAGGAAAACAAAAAACUAAGAAAAAUAAAAAAGGAAAAAAUUGUGUGGAUCCCCAGUUAAAAGUCACGAAAAAUGAAAACAAGGGAAAUGGAAAAUUGGAUCAAAAAAAUCAAGCUAGUAAUAAGGCUGAUUGGACAGAUAGUGAGGAAUGUUAUGAGAGUAGUGGUAGUGGAGGUUUAAAUAAAAAGGUAUUCUCAAAUGAUGAUCAAAAUAUUAAAAUUAAUUCGGUUCCAAUUGCAAGUAAAUGGGCAAUGAAAUAUUUGGAGAAUAUAACAAGUUCAGAAGACGAUGAAGAACAAGGAAACGAACAAAAAUCACUUUUGAGUAAUCAAAAUGAUAAAAUUGCAAAACGUCAAUUAUUGGUUGGAUUUCCUUUUUGGCAUAAAAAUAUUGACCAUCCUCGUUGGCAUCAUUCAAAUAAUGUGCUUAACUUUUAUUUUAAUCAAAUUAAGAAGGGUAUUGUUUAG